CACACUGGCCGCGACAAUCAGCUGUUCGCAUUACACAAGCAACCGCUUUUAUAAGAUUUACCUUCGUUUCACCGGAUUUAUUUGAAUUAAAACAACAUCAUGCCUUUCAUGAAGGGCCGCGAGCCCAUCCGGCGCACCCUGAACUAUCUGAAUGCGGGAAAGCUGGUGCUCAAGGACAAGGUGCGCAUCUUCAGCGUCAACUACAACACAUACGGCGAUCAUCACGCGGGAGCAAGGGACUUCGUGUUCUGGAACAUCCCGCAGAUCCAGUUCAAGAACCCCGAGGUGCAGGUGCUCACCCUGAAGAACAUGACGCCCUCGCCCUUCGUAAGGUGCUAUUUCGACGACGGACGGGACAUGCUCAUCGACGUGGACGGCCGGAAUCGGGACGAUAUCAUCGAGCACCUGGUUCAGGUGGUGGGCAAGACCCGGGAGCAACUGGAUGCGGAGGCGCGUCUAAGGGAGAGCAAGGACAACCCGGCCAACUUCGGCUACGGAUGCGGCAGGCACUGCAUCUGCGAGAUCCCCGGCCAGGUUCCGUGUCCCGGAACGGUUAAGCUGCCCGAUCACAUGCGCGGCAAGGUCAUAUUCGCACCCAAGUAGAAUUUCCGCCUUAUAUGUUUCUUUUUUAAUAAAUUAAUUGUAAAUUACA